UAAAAUGAUAACUGGGAUGAUCAUACAACGGUGAUAACAUUAUCAUAAUCUUCUAAAUUAGUUAGGUGUUGACAUUUUUUUUUUCAUUGUAAUUUUUUUUUUUUUAACGGAGAUUUUUUGGUGUAUAAUGAAUGGUAAUGUCGUUUUCAUCAUACCGGCCAUACCGGUCGAACGAAAAUAUGAGAACUCAUUAUUUGGAUGCUCGGUAUUUAGGUGACCAAGUUCAAUACUUGGUGAUUUUGAGUAGCUGUUCCUAUUGUACGUCAUGGAAGACUGGAUGGCAGCGUUAAAAGUCACAGCCAGCAGAGAUAUUUUAAAUCAGCCAAUUGGUGUGGAUUUAAAUGAUUUUCUGUCUGGAAAUCACUCGUGGCAUACUACAUCUCAUGCACGUCCAACAUAUUGCAAUAUCUGCCGAGAACAGCUAUCAGGUGUUACAUCUCAUGGAUAUAGUUGCGAGGUAUGUAAAUGUAAAGUACAUAAAAGAUGUGUGGACAAGGCGAUCAGCAACUGCAAGUGGACUACAUUGGCUAGCGUUGGAAAAGACAUAAUUGAAGAUAAACAAGGGAAUAUUUUAAUGAUACACCAAUGGAUGGAAGGAAAUUUACCUGUUUCAUCCAAAUGCGCCGUCUGUGAUAAAACAUGUGGAUCAGUCUUAAGGCUCCAAGACUGGAGAUGUUUAUGGUGCAGAGCAACAGUACAUACUGCAUGCCGCCCUAAGCAUACAAUUAAAUGUCCAUUAGGGUCUAAUAGAUUAAGUGUGGUGCCACCCACAGCUAUACAUUCUGUUGCUAGUGAUGAUUCCUUAGAAGCAAUCCAACCCCAUGGAUGUUCCCCAUUAUUAGUAUUUGUCAAUUCUAAGUCCGGUGACAAUCAAGGUAUAAAAUUUCUCAGACGAUUCAAACAAAUAUUGAAUCCAGCACAAGUAUUUGACCUCAUUGGUAACGGCCCUGGACCUGGGUUAAGAUUAUUUAGACAUUUCAAUCCGUUCAGAGUGUUAGUAUGUAGUGGUGAUGGUUCUGUUGGCUGGGUACUUUCUGAAAUUGAUAGGCUUAAUAUGCAGGUGCAGUGUCAUGUAGGUGUACUACCUUUGGGCACUGGUAAUGACUUAGCAAGGGUAUUAGGUUGGGGCGCAUCUUGUGACGAUGAUGCUCAUUUGCCUCAAAUAUUGGACAAAUAUGAACGAGCCAGUACUAAGAUACUUGACAGAUGGAGUAUAAUGGUAUAUGAACGUAGCAUUGAUAUAGGUAGUGGCACAAAACUAACAAUGAAUUCUGGGGUACAAGAGGGUAUUAGUUUAGAAUCAGCCAUAUCUACAUACUACAAUUAUAUUAUGACUAAUUUGAACAUUAUUUUGCAAACUCAUGAACACGAAACAAUUGUUAACACAGCCAAAGUGUUAUGUGGUACUGUCAAAGAUUUUAUUGUAUGCAUAUCAGAAAUUAACAAUGUUAUUGACAAUACUGAAUUCAAUGAAAUGCGCCAAGAUUUAAAGUAUAAAUUAGACACACUUUUAAAACUUCUUCAAAAAGAAGAGUUCAAAAUAACAUAUCAGACCAAAAAUGAAAUAGUACAUAAUAAUGAUUUAAAUGAAGAAAACAUGCACAUUAAUAUUAAUAAAAUAAUAAAUAACAAUGUAAAAGAUACUGAAAGUAAAGACAUAAAAAAAGUUUAUAAAAAGCAAUUACUUGAAAGAGCUAAUAGCCUUGAAAAAUCAGUUACAAAAUUAAUUGAACAUUCUGGCAAGGCAGCUUUUCCUUCUACUAUUUUGACUCCACUAGCCAUGUCAGAACUGCUAUCACCAAGCAUCGAUAACAAUCUGAACCUUCAACAGCUAACUCCUACAUCUAUUGCCAAUCCUAUAUCUAUUUCUCCUAUACCAAUGUUAAGAAGAGAAUCAUUGUCUUCAACAGAAUUAAAUAUUGAAUCUUUACCGGUACCUGUAGAAUUUUCCGAUUGCCGUCAAGAAAUAGUUUUGGAUGAUCAAAAUGCUGUGAUGUCUGAAGAAGAUACGAGUACAUAUCAAACUUCACAGUAUGAUGAUUUGAAUAGCUAUUGUCAAAUAUACGAAACUGAUAAAUUAAAAAAUGAGUGCAAAGAUCAAAUUAGUGAACCACUAAAAACAUAUCCUGCAUUUAAAAUAAGUGAAGAAGAAUCUUUAGGAAAUAUUUGUCAUAUUGAUUCAUCUGAAGCAUCAGAUGAAAUACCAGAUAGUUAUAAAAUGUGUGAUAAUAAGUGCCAAGCGUCUUCGUCUCGUUACAGUUUUCGCCAAGCUUGUCAAGGCCAAUUUUCACGUCAUCGACCUAAAUUGAAUUUUGGUGUAAAUGAAUGUACGGAGUCUGAUGUAGAUGUAUCAAAUUUAAUAUCCUCAUCCCCGGAUGAUGAAGAAAGUGAAGACUUUCGUAAAGAGCUUAUAGUUGUAGAAAAUAGUUCUAAGAAGUGUAGUAUUGCACAUUUUAUUGAGGGAAAUGACAUCGCACGAAGAUCAAUUAAAUGCCGUCAUCUUAAUAAAACGUAUAGUGAUAUGGAAACUGAAAUUGAAUAUGGAUUUAAAAAUUUAACCAAGGAAUCAGAAAAAUGUGCUGUCAACAAGGGUUUAGAAGUACCAAAUGAAUCAAAAUUUGUUACAGAUAAAAAUGAAAUAAAUGUCAGAAUUCAAGGUUCUAAUGGUAAUAUAAGUACAAAUGGUGAUAAUUCAUUCCUACUUCAAGAUCCUAAGCCAACAAGUGAUGUUUUUGAAGCUGAUGAUGAUGAUGAUGAUGAUGAAUUACAUAGUUUCAAAGGAUUAAAAAGAAGUCAAACAAUGACUGGUCCAGCUGUGGUCAUAAAUCCACCUUCUCCCCAGAAUUUCUCACCUAAUAAAUUGUGUGAUGUGGAAGAAUCACAUCUGGACUGUAGAAGAAAUAGUUUUGACAGUUGUCGGAGACUUUCUGCAGCAUCACCUAUCAUGUUAAAUGCUUCACCUUUGCGAGCUUCACAUAGAAUUUCUAGUAGCACAGCAUUAAAUAAUCGAAAUCAUUCUCCAACACCAUGCUCAGUACAAAAUUAUACAUCGCUCAAACGUAAUAAACAUUUACCAAUCAUCAAUCCAUUGGUUACUUUACCUACUUGGCCUAAUGUAACAGAAUCAAGUUUGAUAAGUCAAGUGUUAUUAGCAAAUGCUGAUGCUCUAUGUGCUCCUGCUGUACCUUUGAUGGACCCCGAUGAAACUUUGUUAGAAGGAUUUUUUGAAAAAUGCAUUAUGAAUAACUAUUUUGGUAUUGGCAUAGAUGCUAAGAUCUCAUUAGAUUUUCAUCAUAAACGAGAAGAACAUCCAGAAAAAUGUAGGUCACGGACUCGAAACUACAUGUGGUAUGGAGUAUUAGGAAGCAAACAGUGGUUACAGAAAACUUAUAAAAAUUUGGAUCAAAGAGUACAACUGGAAUGCGAUGGACAAAGAAUUCCACUUCCUUCAUUGCAAGGAAUUGUAAUACUUAAUAUUCCAAGUUUCAUGGGCGGUACUAAUUUUUGGGGUGGUACUAAAGAAGACCGAGUCUUUUUAGCUCCUAGUAUUGAUGAUAGGAUAUUAGAAGUGGUCGCUGUGUUUGGAUCUAUCCAAAUGGCUGCAUCACGUUUAAUAAACUUACAACAUCAUCGUAUUGCCCAAUGUACUACUGUUCAAAUAAAUAUUAUGGGCGAUGAAGGGGUACCAAUACAAGUAGACGGCGAGGCAUGGGUACAGCCUCCUGGAAUGAUUCGUAUAAUUCACAAGAACAGAAUGAAAAUGUUAUGCAGAAAUAAGGCACUUGAACUGUCACUAAAAUCAUGGGAAGAAAAACAAAAACAAAUUAAACACCAGAGUAAACGCACUCAUAGCCAAUCACUAUGUAGAUUUACUCCUUUAAGCCAUGAUGAAUGGACUAUUCUAAAGGAAUUUUUGGAUGCCACAAAUAACAUAACUGAACUGAUCAGAGAAAUAUUACUGAAACAAAAAUUAUUUAAAGGAGAUGAUUUGAAAAAAUUAACUGAUUCUACUAAUGAUAAUGUUAAAAAAAUCAGUAUUAUUGAACACGAAAUGAAGGAAAAGGAAUUGCGAUCAGUAGCAACUGAUGUUGUAUUAAGCACAAAACGUUUACAUGAAGAGACACUAACUAUGAUUAGAAAUGCAGGGAAUGUUUUUGAUGGAGAGUCUGUAGUUAAACUUUCAUUGGCAUUCAGCAAACUUGAAAAUGAAUUUAAAAAAUGUCUCAUAUCAUCUAAAGAUUCUGAAGGAGAUAAUGAUUUAUCAUCAUGUUAUGUUUAUUUCCUCAACAAUGCUUAUGAAACGGACAAGUUGUGUCGUAAAGGACAGUUUUGGCAAAAGUUAUGGAAAGCUAAUGUAAUGUCUUCUAAACGACCUGGUCAAGAUAUAUCCAACUGGAGCACAGUGGAGGUGGGAAUUUGGCUCGAGUCAGUCCAGUUAGGAGAGUACACGGAAGUAUUCGCCAACAAUGAUAUUCGGGGUAAAGAGUUAUUAAACUUAUCGCGACGUGACCUAAAAGAAAUUGGUAUAACCAAAGUAGGGCACCUAAAACGCAUACUUAUGGCUGUCAAAGAAUUAAGCACGGUCCAUGAAGAUCAUUAAAACUGAUUGAGGUAAAGUAUUCAAUAUUUUGGCUAUAAUAUACAUUACAUCAAUGGAUUUUGUAUAUAUAUUUUUUACAGAAGCUUUUUAAUUGAUUUUUUUAUGGAAUAGGUAUAUUAUUUGUAUUAUAUUAUAAUACUUUCUCAGAUUACAAUGAUAGGUAGUUUCCAAUGCCUCAAAGAUUUAAUAUUUGAAGCUUAAUUAAUUUAAUUUUCAGGUUAAACUCUAAAAAUUAAUUAGCAUAGUAAUCAAGAACAAAACAAUCUAAUUAAAUGAUGUUCCUAAAAUAAAAAUAUAUAUAAUAUAGUAUAUAUGCCAUAUAUAUACACUAUUAUGCAAUUCUGUUUAUGCAUAAUAAUUUGAUUUAUUUUAAACAAACAUUUACAAUUUUUCUUACGAUAACCUGUUAUGGAUUAACUUAAUUUGUUAUUCUUUAUAAUGUUAGCUAUGGAUAUAAUAAUGGGAACAUGAUCUACCUAUAGUCAUCAAUAUCCAUAAUCAUAAUAUUAGUAAUUAGGUUCAUUAUUGAUACACACACAAUUUUCAAAUUUGUAUUACAUUAAUUUUUGUAAGCUAUUGAGUAUAAAAAUUCAGUGAUAUCAUUAAAUAUAGGAUAGCAAUUGGUUUCAUUUUAAUGUUAGGAGUUUUAGGAUCCCACAUCAUAAUAUAAAUUUAGCCCAUUCAAAAUAUACUAAUAUUUACGCGCAUACUCCAAAUUUAAAUCCUGGAUCUCUACCUGUUAUAUGUAUAAUCAGUAAAUGUUCAUGAAUUUGUGAAUGCUGGACAUUAUUAGUUAUUAUGUUAACGGGUAAAUUAUGUUAAAUUUAAAACAGGAAUGACAAAGACUUAUUCUACUUGCUCUAUUUAACUUGUCUAUUAUCCCUAUCAUCUAGUAACUUAAGUGCCAAAUAACUAUUUAUUAACAUUUCAUUAUUUGUUAAUUUUUUUAUAAUGUUUUUAUAAAUAAAACAUUAUACUUCU